AUGGCUACGUUUCUCUUCAAUCAAUCUCUACUGGCUUCUUGUCCUUGUUCUACUCACUUCUCUUCAAAACCCUUUCAAACCCUGAAACCCCAAAUCAAAUCUUUUCCAUCUCGCGGGCUUCCACGCCCCCUAAUUUCCUCUCUCAAUCAAAGAACCCCAUUAAAGUAUUCCCAAGACUUCCCUCCAACUAGAAAUGAUGAGACAGAGGAGACCCGGAAUGAUGUGAGAGGGAUAGAAGGUGAUGAAGAUAAAAGACCGUUACCCAGUUUAAUGGUCCUCCUUGAAGCAUACAAAGAAGCCUUUUUUAAUGGUGAUGGAAAUAGUGUAGCUCUGAUUGAAGAGGGAAUAUGUUCAGCAGCAAAUCGAAAAAAUAAAUUGAUCCAGAAAGUAUCAAGUUUAUCAGCAGACAAAGCUGCUUCCAAGGAUAGAUAUAUUCGAUUACAAGCUGAUUUUGAUAAUUUUAGAAAAAGGGUUGACAAAGAAAGACUUAACAUCCAAUCUGACGCCCAACAACAACUCAUUGAAAAGCUUUUGUUGAUGGUGGACCAUUUUGAGAAAACCAAACAACAAAUUAAAGCAGCAACAGAGAAAGAGAAGAAAAUUGAUGUUAGCUAUCAAGGUAUUUACAAACAAUUUGUAGAGGUUCUGAGGAGUCAUCAUGUUUCAGUGGUAGCAACAGUGGGCAAGCCGUUUAAUCCCUUGCAACAUGAAGCCAUUGCACGUGAGGAGUCAACAGAGUUCAAGAAAGGGAUUAUAAUUAAAGAAUCCCGACGUGGUUUCUUGCUCAGAGAUCGAGUUCUUAGGCCAGCCCUCGUCAAGGUUUCAUUAGGCCCUGGAACUAAGAAAUCUCCAGUGUUUCCUGACAAUUCCCUGGAGCAACCUCCAACAGCUGCCGGAAUAGACGAAAGAUAG